AUGGACACGAACACUGAACCAGUCAACCCCCACACCAAACAACCCGAGACGAUAACAAGAUCGAUCACCAAACCGAGGAAGCUGAUCAUCUCGAAUGUUCUUCGCCGGGUGUUUAUCGACCCGGUCACUCUUGCCGAGGUGGUCGAAUUCAUCGAGAGCUUGAAUCAAUCUAUCAUCGAUCUUCCCCUCGAUCGUCUCCUCCCACUUUCAGAGAAUAUCGACAAGUUACUUGACAUUCUCGACAAUAUUAAUAAUAUCGCUCUCGUUCAUCCACCGGUUGAUAACAAACCAUCAAGAUCGGGAAACCCUGCGUUUCGAGAAUUUCAUGACCAACUGAAUCAGGGAUCGGAAGCUCUACAAAGUUUACUUGAUAUACCGGAAGACAAACGCGUAGAACGAUCGACUUAUCUUACUGUGUCAGAGGAGAAUCAAUCGCGAAUUGAUUAUGGAAGUGAAGUGGAAUUGAACUUCCUUUGUGGGCUACUUUGUCCAUAUAAAUUAAAAGGGUUUGGGUCUGACUAUUAUCCGACUGUGGUGUUGGAAGUGUUCUGCAAAUACAUUGAGCUGAUGCGCUAUUUGCAAUCGACAUAUUGGCUGGAGUCAGCGGGUUCGCAUGGAGUUUGGGGUCUGGAUGAUUAUCAUUUUUUAUGUGGGACCGGUCAGUUAAGGAACCACAAGUAUCUCAAGCCGAAAUCGAUCCGUGACCCGGAUGCAUCAGAAGGCUUUAGUCAUCAAUUUCAGAUCACGACUGCAAGUUUACGAUGGAAUUCUCCGAUGUUAGACGACAUUUCUGAAGUGAAGACUUGGGACAAAGUCAUUUCAGGGUUGAUCAGAAUGUACAAAGCAGAGGUCCUUACGAAACUGCCCGUAGCCCAACACUUUCUAUUCGGCACCCUGCUUCCUUUCCCAGAUACUGAUAUUCAGAAGGUCGAAAGUUUUCGCAACAGACGAUCGACAAAGGAUAGGAAUAAGCAACAAAUAACGGAAUCGAACCGCUGCUAUAUUAGGCCCUUCAGAAGAGUCAAGCUACUCAGCACUCCCUGGAUGGUGGUCCCAAUCUUGAUGCUCAUCUGUUUGAAUACGGUACAAUCGAAUACGCUCAUCGAAUCGUUUGGGGUGCCAAGGAAUCAGAAGGAAGAAUUUCAGAUAGAUCGGUUCCUACUAAUAAAACAUUCCGAUUCCAAUGAAGGGUCGAAAAACAGCUGGGAAGAUGAGGGACAAAGUGAUUGGGAGGGACGGAUUAGAGGAAUCAUCAAGGAAUCUGGCGAUAGACUUGAAGAUGGCCAACGGGGAAGAACUUCAACCGAGGAAGAACCAAGCACUGAGUCAACCGAGACGGUCUCCAUCAAGCCAAACAGAUCAUCCCGGCUCCGGCUGAAAUUAAGCAGAACAACGGAUCCCCAGAAGUUUUCAUAUCUGUUUCUGAUUGUACCCAUGGACGAACGACUCCGUCGGUCGACUGGCCAAGCGAAAGAGAAACUCUUUGACCCGUUUUCCAAUUCGAUCGACCAUUCAGCCAACGCUCUGCGACGCUUCUUUGGAGCACCACCCCUAGAGGAACAGCGAUUCUCAGUCCGGUUCAGUUGGGACGCAAGUGACCAUGUCGACCUCCAUCUGGACCUCGAUCAUUCUCCCUCAGACCUCAUAACCAUUUCUUCUUCUAACCCUGCUUUUUUCAACUUGACUAUCACCCCUAAUUUUGAUAAAUUUUCCGAUUCCCACUCGACCCAAACAGAUAGUUUUGUCGAUCUCAUAGUGAUUAUUGAACCGUUACUGCUCAACCUCCUCCCAAUUGGUUGUUUAUGCUGCGGACCUACCUACUAA